UCUAGCUUAACUUCGAAAGUCAGGCGAGAAGAGGAAGAACUGUUUGCGGGGCUUCUCUUUCCUGGCAUUGCCUUGCAAUCCUCAGAGAAAACUCUGGCGCCGUCGCGGAACGGAGCUAAGAGCGAAAAGGGGGGAACUAAGAACGACGCCGAGCGUUGGCUCCACCUACGCACCUCCAUUUCAGCACCCUCACCGAGUCUUGUAAUGCACUUGCGUAACGUGAUUGUAAAAGUAUUCUGGCUGGCACACUCGUAGACUGGAACCCUACAGAUCACACAUAGAAAUUAAGACGAUCGUCGGUUCAGAGGCAGAGAGAAAUAGGAUUUCCGGUUCUUGUACUCGCUCGCGGUCUUCAACCACCCAGACCCACGAGACGCUUUGUGAUUCUCAUUUUACUUCCACUGAACCUACGGAUCGGCUAAACAAGAGGUCAUUUCUGACUUGUUUUCGUUCUUCGUCUUCCACUCUCAUUCCAAGUCGCGCUGGGCUGCACCACUGCGAGGACGGCGCCUUGACAACGUGUUCCAGAGUACUUCCCCACCGUGCUGUAGGAAUCGCCCGCAACGUCGCCGUAACAAUGGACCAAUCGCUGCUGCUGGCCCUGCCGGACGACGCGCUGCUGGCCGUGCUGGCGUUCCUGCCGCCGAGACAGCUCUUCGACUGCCGCGUGCUGUGCCGCCGCCUCCGCGACCUGUGCCUGCACGCGGACCUGUGGCGCCGCGUUCGACUUUCGUCUAGGGAUUCCACGUUGCGCGCCGCCCUCCGCCUUGCACCCUGCCUCCGGGAAGUGAACCUGUAUUACACUGGUGAAACUGACCCGGAGCCUGAAGUCACUGCGUGUGUUGUUGCCCGGCUUAAGCUCUUCGUGUCCAAUCUGAGCGUGGCGCGGGCUUCGGCUGCAGUGUUGAAACAAUCCCGCUUAGGUGGUGUGAAGGAGCUCGUUCUGGCCUUUGAUCCCAUUUCCACGCGAGCCAUAAAGUGGAAUAUCCAUCUACUGGCUGUCGCGAUUAGCAGUGUAAACCAUCUCCAUAGUUUGCAAAUAUGUAAUUAUUCUCGAGAGCCGCUGUUAGCGUCUUUGAAUGACUUGGCAGGUAUCUCUUCCUUGAAGAAGCUCAGCUACACCACGCUUUCCCAAGAUACUUACCUGGAUGGAAGCUUUACUGAAGGCGUAUGCCGCCACCCUCGAAGAUGUACACCUGGACUCGACGCAUAUUCCCGUGUCGUCACUAAAAGUGCUACUGAACCUGCGCACCUUGUCCUUCGAAAAAGUCUCAAGGGAUGAUCUGUCCGAACUGAAGAACUUGCCCAACCUCUCCUCAUUAUCAUUUGGGUGUGAAUGUAAAGUUUCCCCAGGUGUACUGAAACUGCUGCGCGGGGCACCGCGGCUCCGCUCUGUGUCGGUUCCUUGCAACGAUCCUGAUCCCACUGCCCCGCUGCUUGCACUGGCCGCAUCGCCCUCGGCCCGUAUCCUUGAGACCCUUCAUUUUGACGUACGUUCAUCGUGCAGCGUCCUUGGCCACAUGGCCGCCGCUCUGCCUCACUUCCCGGCGCUGCGGACCCUCUCCAUGGUUAUCAGUUUCCAGUACAAGGAAGUGGACUUGGCGGACUUCGUGCGGGCCGUCAGUCCCACGACAGCCCCGCGCCUCACCAUGCUGGCGCUGCAGUUACCCUCUC